UGAGCGGCGGCCUCUGGUGGCGGGAGAAUCAGCUGUUUAGAGUGAUUGCGUCAUUUCCGCCGGUCGUCCUUCACCGGGCCGCUGCUGUAACUCGUGACUGUCAGACAGCACCAUGGCGUGAGUUUAUUAAUCCUCAUAAACUCACAGAAACAUCUGCAGACAUGUGGAGGAUUCAGAGUUUAGUGGGCAGAGUGUUGAGCCGUUGCCAUGGAAACGCUCAGCUGCGUCUGUCUCAGGGUCAUCACGUGGAGGAUGAGGUUAUCAGCUCCUCCAUCCUGACCAGUGGACGUCACGCGUCUGACAGCAGCAGUUCUCACAGAGGGGAAGACGGUCAGAAAAAGAAGCGAACAUCUCGCUUCUGCUACACUGGACUGCCGAGAUACAGUGCUCUGGAUGCAGUGGGAUGGGGCGCCGCUGCGGUUCUCUUCGUGCAGCUCUGUCGCAGGAUUCACUCGCAGCUGUCCUCGGAUCAGAACCCCGGAGUGACUCGGAUCAGAGACGCUGGACUCGUGCAGAAAUGCUCCUACAGAGUCCUGGUUGACGUCUUGUCCAGGCCGAAUGCUUUAUCUGGCGAUGUGGCAAAGUGCCUCUGUGAGGCGCUGCAGGCUCCAGAGAGCAGGGACAGUGACCGUAGUCAUGGUAACAGUGAUGGAGACGUGACCUCUGACCUCCAGACGGCGCACAGCUCUGAUGACCAGCAGGAGGAGCCGGCGAGCGCCGCGUCACACUCCAAUGAAACUCUUUUUCCCGAACAACCGGAACCAGAGGAGCGUCUCUCUCUCGAUGCAGCAGCGCAGAAUCUGAGACUCGUGGCAGACAGCAGCGUUCCUGUAAUCCUCAACAUCAUCGGUCUGGAGAGCGCGAGAGCGGGCGACUACGAGACGGCCUUCUCCUGCUUCCUGGCCUCGGCGCAGCACGACUACAGCAAAGCUCAGUUUAACCUGGGAGUUUGUUACGAGAGAGGACGAGGAGUGCAGGCUGACCUCAGCAAGGCGGUGCAUUAUUACAGACGCGCUGCAGUUGCUGGGCACCGUCAGGCUCAGUAUCGCUGUGCUAAACUCCUCCUGGGCAGCAGAGGGCAGCAGAGCUCAGAGACGGACGCAGCAGCGGCGCUCAGCUUCCUGCAGACGGCCGCAGACGCCGGACUCACCGAGGCUCAGGUGUUUCUGGGUGUGGUGUUGUCGCAGCGCUCGGACUGUGAUGAGAGGAAGUGUGUGCAUUAUUUCCGGAUGGCGGCCGAGAGCGGGGACUCUGUGGCUCUGGUGUGUCUGGCUCAGUGUUAUGAGACGGGCUUCGGUGUUUCUCCGUGUCUCCAGACCGCUGUCAGACUCUAUCAUCAGGCAGCGGCCGGCGGAAACCAGCAGGCCAGAGACAAACUGAGAGACGGACGCAGCCGAGACGUGCUGCGCUCGAUCCGAUCAGCUCCUUGCUUCUCUGCGAUUGGCCAGCUGCAUCUCGACUCCAUGUUUCCUCAAGAGAGCCAUGAUGAGAAGCCCUGCCCACAGCAGCGAUCUGACCAAUCACAGCCGCUUCCUCAUUCCUGGAGCACAGGAAGUCUGAGUGUGCUGCCCUCCAUCACGCUUCAGAUGCUCAGAGCUGACAGCAGCCGCAAGCUUUGGACGCUCGGGGUGUGAUAACAUGAUCCAUUCAUCUCUCGUCUCAUAAUCACAUCUUUAAAGCAGCUUAUCUGUCAGAUACAAGCAUACGCACAAGCUUAUAGCCAUUAGAAACGCACACAGAAACGGCCAGAUCUGACUGAUGAAUGUUCUCAGCCAAUCAGAGCAGAGCUGGAGGGUUCCGAGCUCAGUGAUUGGCUGGUUAAGAUGUGAUAGAUUAUUCAUGAGCUCUUGUUUCAGCCACUUUAAAUGUGUUUUGCCAGUGGGAAGUGUUUGGUUUUGUAUAUACGUGUGUUUGUUUGAGGAGAGAACGUCUGAAUACAGUGGAAUGAGUGUUUUUUAUUGAGCGUGUAGAAAGAGUAAGCUUAUCUUUAUAUUUUUUGUGUAUAAUUGUGUUUUUAAACUGGCUUGUGGAGGUCACAUGGUGUCAUUUUCUUGUUUUCUGUGUUAUUCAGACACAUUGUUUACAUGAUAAUAUUAAAACAUUAAGCUCACAUAUUCAUUCAGUAGCAGAAAAAUUAUUGGUUAUCAAGAAUUAACAACAAAACCAUUUGAUUGGCAUCAUUUUACUGCUAAAUUAAUCCCAUGUGCCAAAGGUGCCUUAAUCAGAUGUGCAGUUCACGGAAAGCCAAUGGUACUUUAUUAUGACCCUCAAUAUCAGAGCCAAAUUUGUGUUUUUUGCAUUAUGAGGUUUAUUGAGCGCCAUUUCACCAUAAAGCACUAUCUAAACUACAAUAAAAACUUCUGUGUUUUUAA